AACUAUGCAAUUACCCGACCCGCUUACGCUUUUUCAAACUCCAUAAUCCAUAUCACCGCCUCUGCGCUCUGCCCAUCAAAGGCUCAAAGUCUCAAACACACCAACGCUUCAACCGCUGCUAGGCUCAUAGUUCGCGACUCGCAUUAGUAAGCAACAGCAAUUAUCAUCACCUUCAUCAUCCUAUUAUACAACACUUUCAAUAAUGCCCAAAGAGCUUCCGGGGUUCUACUAUGAUUCGGAGAAGAACAGGUAUUUCCCUCUCAAGGGACCAAUUCCUGGCUCUUCCCGUAAACGGAAAUCUCCUCCGCUGCCUUCUGCUGUCAAGGGAAAAGAUAUAUAUAAAUGCAUGAAAAUCAGAACUAGUAAGCUUCUCCAGGCAAGGGAAUUGUGUGGCCAGUUGAUAACUACCAGGAAAGGGAAAUUCAGUUUUCAAAUGGAAUACCAGAAGAGACAAGCUUCACAACCUAUGAUAUGGAAGUAUAACACAAAAAGAAUGGUGGAUAAUGCAUUGGAGCAGAUGAGUGUUGGGGUAGACAGGCUAGAGGGCACUGUAGAAACAGAUAUUUUACUGACUGGCAAUGUGAAUGGCUCAUUAUGUAUAUUUGAAGUAGGAAAGGUUGGAGAAGAAUUUGAUCAUGGUUCGAAAUUGCUGCCAGAUCGUGUAUGGCCAUCCAAUGCAGGAAACUCUGUGGGUUGUAUUGAAUCACCAGGGCUUGCAUGGAGAUAUCCAGGAGCAAUUCUAAAUAUGCCAUCUACUAUUUCUUGCAUAAAGAUGUGCCAGAAGCUUCAUCAGCCAGUUGAAACUGCUUCCUCAAGUCGUGCUCUGAUAACUACCUUGGGGUCUGAAGGAUCUGGUGGAACAGUCUAUAUUCUGGACCUCAGUGAACAACUUGAUUUAAAUUCACAUUCACCUAUACUGAGGAGGCUGUCUAAGAUUACCUCUUUUGACUAUACAGUUUGGACAGCAGACUGUAAUUUUGAUGGGAGUCGAGCAGUGAUUGGCACCAAUACGGGAGCUGCUCUGGUGAAUAUAGAUACUGGAACGAAAUCAUGGAUUUGCCGUUGUAAAAGUGAUGUUUUCUCUUUACAAUUAGAUCAAUCGGGUAAUACCAUAUUAUGUGGACUGAGAAAUGGAGCUAUUUUAUCAAUUGAUGCUCGCCAAAGACCAGAGAACUUUUCCAGUAGACUUCCUAGACAUCAGAUUCCAUACCAUACUCAUGAGGCUUCAAGUGGACGAGCUAAGAAGUUCCACCAAGAACGGUUUGAGCUCAAAGGGAACAUGUGCCGUUCUGAUACAAUAUUUAUGCCAUCAUCUAUUUCUUGUAUUGCAUCUCUGGCGCUGUAUGACCAGUAUUUCUUGGCAAGCUCCAUGGAUGGAUCGAUCAAGCUAUAUGAUAAUCGCCUAAUUCAGAGAGGAGCUGUGCAAUCUUAUGAAGGCAACGUAAAUUCUCACACACGCAUACAGCUCGGAGUUGAUCCAUCAGAGAGUAUUGUCAUGUCUGGUGGAGAGGACUGCUACGUGCGGCUUUGGAGCAUCAAGUCAGGUGAAAUGUUGUUUCGAAAUAAAUUCAUGAAUGCAAUCCCCUCCGUUGUAUGCUGGCCAAGAACAGGAGGGAUUCAUGGCUUGCAAAAUACGACCCGAGGUGCUUGGCUUGGAUCCCAAGAUGGACUGUUUCAUAUAGGCUGGCCAGUUUAAGUUCCUAGAUGGCUUUGUAUUCGAAAUUUCAGCUCAAUUUUGACACCAGCUUUCUGGCAUUUUCAUGGCUGCAUGUUGUGUUAAUUAUCUUUGUGGUAGAAGUAACAAAACAGUUGACAGGCAUCAAGAUGUAUAGCUUUUAAAGUUGUUGAUACCUUACGGCAA